AUGGUGAUCAUUCAGGACUGCAGCAGCGAGAAGCCACACAUUAUUUCUCGCCAUGGCCCCGACAAUGCUCGCGUGGAUGUUGAGGCACUGAAGGCGCAAGCCCGGGCACUUCGAUCCAAGGCCGAUUCUCUUCGAAGCGAUUGCAUGACUACCACCGUGCCUGGCAACCUUCGCUGGGGCCGCGUGGCAGUGGCUGCAGCUGUCCACGGCGUUCUGCUUAUCGGAUUCAGUACGUGUAUCCAGGCGGCGUCAUCCAGCAGGCACCUUCAGGAUGCGAUGCCAUGGCUGGUUCGGCUGACAAUCGUGUGCGACUGGCUUUGGGUUCACAUGUCAGAGUAG